UGUGCUGUUAUGUUGGCUGCUGCACUUUAUCACACAGCUCCUCCUACUUUUCACUGUCGGACAGUGAGUUUUAUCGGGACGUGAAGGUCACUAAAACUUUAACUUCUCUUUUUACCCUCGUAAACUAUCUGUUUGCAGCUUUGAGGUCAGAAUGGUGUUAUUGUGGUUUUUCAUUGUUUUCACUGUUGGAACCUGUCAUUCACGAGGAGACAUUUAUACAAAUCACUGGGCUGUGAGGAUCACAGGUGGUCCGGCACAGGCUGAGAACAUCGCUGCAAAAUACGGAUAUGUCAACUUAGGACAGAUAGGAAGUCUGGAGGACCAUUACCAUUUCCACCACAGCAGAGUGGUCCGCAGGGCAGCGUAUUCUAUGAAGGGCUCUCACAGCUUCAUCCAUUUGGAUCCCAAGGUGCAUUGGGCCGAGCAGCAGGUAGUCAAACCAAGAGUGAAAAGACAAGUCCAAAGUGACCCAAAUGCCAUUCAUUUCAACGACCUUAAAUGGUCCAACAUGUGGUACAUUAACUGCAAUGAUAAGAACAGCCGCUGUCGUUCAGAGAUGAACAUCCUUGCAGCUUGGCAGAGAGGCUACACAGGCAAAAACGUGGUGGUCACCAUUCUGGAUGACGGCAUUGAGAGGAGCCACCCUGAUCUGGCCCAGAACUAUGACUAUUUGGCAAGUUAUGAUGUCAAUGGGAAUGACCAUGACCCAACUCCACGCUAUGACUCCAGGAAUGAAAACGUACAUGGAACAAGGUGUGCAGGUGAAGUUGCAGCAGCAGCCAAUAACUCUCACUGCAUUGUGGGAGUUGCCUACAACGCUCGCAUUGGAGGAAUUCGGAUGCUGGAUGGUGAUGUGACUGAUAUAGUGGAGGCCAGGUCCCUGGGAAUCCGACCUGACUACAUCGAUAUCUACAGUGCCAGCUGGGGCCCAAAAGAUGAUGGCAAGACAGUGGAUGGCCCAGGGCAGCUAACCAAGCGGGCUUUUGAGCAAGGCAUCAGGAAGGGUCGCAAAGGCCUGGGGUCCAUUUUUGUCUGGGCGUCAGGUAACGGUGGUCGGCAGGGGGAUCACUGUUCAUGUGACGGCUACACCAGCAGUAUCUACACCAUCUCCAUCUCCAGCACUACAGAGAACGGAAACAAGCCAUGGUACCUGGAGGUCUGCAGCUCCAUCAUUGCAACGACGUACAGCAGUGGAGAGUUUAACGAGAGGAAGAUCGUAACAACUGACCUCCGACAUCGCUGCACUGAUGGUCACACUGGCACAUCUGUCUCUGCUCCCAUUGUGGCUGGAGUCAUAGCUCUUGCCCUGGAAGCCAACCUUUUGCUGACAUGGAGGGAUGUGCAGCAUCUUCUGGUGAAGACAUCUAGACCAGUCCACCUCAAAGCUGAUGACUGGAAAACCAAUGCUGCCGGACACAGAGUCAGCCACCUGUAUGGGUUUGGCCUGGUGGAUGCAGAGGCUAUGGUCUUGGAGGCUUCAAAGUGGAGAACUGUUCCACCUCAGCAUAUCUGCAGUCAUAGGCCAGAGCUACGCACCAGGCACAUCCAUGCUGGCCAAAGCCUAAACAGCAGCUUUACUACCUCUGGGUGCUCAGAAGAACCUGAUCGACAUGUGGAUUACCUGGAGCACGUGGUAAUCAAGGUCGUGAUAGUCCACCCACGGCGAGGAGACCUGGAGAUCAACCUUAUCUCUCCGUCAGGGACGAGAUCCCAGCUGUUGGCGAAGAGGUUGUAUGACAAUUCCAAUGAGGGCUUCAGGAAAUGGGAGUUCAUGACUGUUCAUUUCUGGGGUGAGAGGGCAGAGGGAACAUGGACCCUGGAGAUUAUUGACUCACCGUCAAAGCUACGCAACCCUGAGGUGCUGGGCAACCUAAAAGAAUGGACACUUAUCCUUUAUGGCACAUCACAGAACCCGUACCAGCAGAAUAGUGCGCAGCAGUCCCACUCAAGGACGUUAGGGAUCCCAGUUUCAGAGGAGAUCCUGGAGCCGCCAGGGCUGGAAGAGGAGGAGGAAGAGGAGUACAAUGGUCCAUGCCACAGUGAGUGUGGAGAUCAGGGUUGUGAUGGACCUGAUGCUGAUCAUUGUCUGAACUGUGUCCAUUUCAGCUUGGGCAGCUUAAGGAGUGGCAGAACCUGUGUGAGCCACUGUCCACUAGGACUUUAUGGGGACGUAGCAUCUCAUCGCUGUAGACGCUGCUUUAAAGGCUGUGAGAGAUGUGUCGGCCUGUCAGCAGGUGCUUGUCUCUCCUGUCGAAGAGGACUUUAUCUAAACAUACUUAAUUCCAGCUGCACUGAUACCUGCAGCCCAGGUUACUUCGCUGAUGAGAGUCAGAGAAAGUGUCUGAAGUGUCAGGACCCGUGUGUGAGAUGCCUGAGGUAUGCAGACAGAUGCACAUCCUGCAGAGAGGGCUAUAGUCUGGCAGGGAUGACGUGUGUUCCUGAAUGCACCAAUGGAACAUUUUUCCAUCUGGAGGAGAUGAGUUGCAGUCCAUGCCACUUCUCCUGUAGGACUUGUACAGGGCCGGGUAAGGAGGAGUGUAUCCAGUGUGCAGAAGGCUACCUGCAGCAGCACUGGAGGUGUGUGCGGACCUGCUCUCCAGGUUUCUACUCUAGAGAGGCAGCAGGAGUCCCUCACAUGAUGUGUCACAGGUGUGAGGAGAACUGUUUGGCCUGCAGUGGGCCUGGGACUACUUGCACCAAAUGCAAAGAGGGUUACAGUCUGGUCAGCAGGACCUGUAUUGUGAAUGAAUCCUGUAAUAAUGCUGAUGAAGUGUUCUGUGAGAUGGUCAGGUCAAACCGUCUCUGUGAGAAGGAGCUGUACCGUCAAUUCUGUUGCCGGACCUGUCUGAUGAAUGGUUAGAUUUUUAUCACAUAUCUUUGGAAACAUUUUUUUUUUACGGUAUGUUGAAUGUGUGCAAACAAUAUGUACGAAACAUGUGUUAUACUGAACAUGUGCAAAAUUGCAUAAUAAAGACUGUAAUUUUUA